AUGGACAAAUGUAUGAAGGAGCUGCGCGAGAGUGAUUAUGGAGUGCAAAUGGGCAAAUCCAACAUCAAAUGCCUCGUAUACUCUGAUGACCAAGUGAUUCUUGCGCCGUCAGAGGGAGAGUUGCAAAAAAUGCUGGAUAUUAUGAAUGAGUCGUUUAGAAAGAGAGGUAUGAAGAUUAAUGCAGAGAAGACGAAAGUGAUGAUUUUUGAAAGAAACGAAAACGUGACGGUAUGUAAUAUUAAAAUUCAAGGUAUGAUUAUUGAUCAAGUGAAUGAGUUUGUAUAUCUGGGUAGUGUGUUUACAAGAGAUGGAAAGUUUGAUGAGGACAUUGAAAGAAGGGUACGAAAGGGAAACGCAGUAAAUGGAGCCAUAAGUGGUGUAAUGGGUAGUAACAUCUUAUCCCAAAAAGCUUACAUGUCCAUACAUAAUGCUUUGCUAGUUCCCACACUGACGUUUGGUAGUGAGAGUUGGGUAUGGCAGAAGAAGGAUGAAAGUAGAAUUAAUGCAGUGGAGAUGAGAUAUUUGAGGAAAAUUUGUGGAAUAAAGCAACCACCACCCAACGCGAACGACCCAAGAGCCACACUUUCACGCCACUUCAGAGACGAUCUGCCAGAAGUGGACGAAGACGAUUGGGAGGGCGCUUAA